AUGGAAGAGGACCCUGACCAGUCAUACUUCAUUUUCUGCCCCUCUGAGUUUGACUCCGUUUCUUUGAGUUGGAGCCUUUUGGUGGAUGCCAUUUCUGGUUCCCUGAAUCACAGCUUUGAGAGAGCACUUGGAUCUGCCUCCUUUUCACUGCAGACAUGGAAGACAAUUAUGAACCACCCUGAUGUUGCAAACAAAUUGGCUACGUGUCCUUUCAAUGCUCGCCACCAAGUUCCCCGGGCUGAAAUCAGUCACCACAUCUCAAGCUGCGAUGACAAAAGCUGCAUCGAACAGGAUGUUGUCAGCCAGUCCAGGAACUACAGAUGCGAGGCUCUGACUGUGAACACAUGGCAGUGCCCUCCUUGUGAUGAAGACUGGGAUAAAGAUUUGUGGGAUCAGUCCAGCACUACCUUUGUCUGGGGCACUGUUAACUGCAGUGGCAAUAACAGCCCUGCGAACAAUGUAGUUGUGGAACAUAAGAGUAACCUGGCUUCAGGCAUGCGGGUUCCCAAGUCUCUGCCAUAUGUACUACCAUGGAAAAGCAAUGGAAAUUCACAGUAACUGAAAAUCUGUCUCAUCAAAUGACAGACCCAAGAAGACACUUUUGCUUCCUGCUACUUACUACCAGUGGGUUCUUCAUUUCUCUUCCUAAUCUUAUUUUGGAAAGAUAAACUGUCUGUGGCUCUGAU